AUGUCCCCCCGAAACUCCUUCAAAUUAAGAAUUAUUCUCCUGGCUUUAGCUUCCCUUAUCACGAUUACGUCGGCGUUGUCGUCUGAGAGUCGUGACCAACAGCCGCUCCGCUCCCACGAAGAGUCAAAAUUCAGUGUUGGAUUUAGUCUCCAAAGCUCCUAUGGAGCAGCGGCCGUCAUUUUUGAAGGCGCCGACGGGAGGUUGCGGACACAUACUCGAGUAUACGAGCCAGGGUACAUGUAUCAGCAGGUGAUGGCGAAGUUGUCUCUACAAUCUUCGCAACAUAUUGCGCCGCCGUAUGACGAUGAUGGAGAAUUCUGGGCCGACAUGCCUCGGAGGGGUGCGCGCAUGGCUCUCAAGACUAUAGGCCUACCGGCUUCAUAUGAAGUUGGUGUUCUCGCUCAAGCCAUUAAGCACCUACGAUCACAGUUAGAAUCCGACUUCAGCAUCAGCAUAUCCGAGGCCGUUUUCACCUCUUCUCAUCUCCUUGCAUUAUACCAGGACGAUCUAGAAGAUGUUGCCGUUGAUGUCGGCAUUAAAUACGUGACUCCAAGGUAUCAAUUCCAGCCAAUUCUCUGGGAGACGGCUGCUGCGUACGCGGGGUACGGUUUUGGCAUAUGUAAGCAUUGGAGAGACGAGGGUAGAUGCUGGGACGAGGAGAGCACAUUGCCGGACACCACAGUCCUGGGUGUUCACUACAGCCACAACGCGCUCACUGUAUCUCUGGCCGAAGUCCACACGGCUUUCUCCACGUGGGAACCAAACUAUCGGCGGACCGAGAACUUCACUCUUGGUAGCGAUGCUAUCUCCGGAUACUCAAGUCCGAAGGAUUAUUGGGCUGACGUUAAAGGGGCUCUGCUAGAGAUUAUGGAUAAAUACCCUCUGUUUAACAGACCAAAAACAAUCAUAGUUACAGGUGAUGUGGUGUACGGGAAUUUUAUGAACUUUUUGAAGGAGACUUUGAAUGAUUAUCUUGGCAAACUUCCUCCUAUUCUAUCCGCGGAUGCUAAAGUGGUUUCAGCGAUGGGGGCUGCUGAGUUUAUGCGUCGGUGUUAG